GAAUCUAAUCUGCUCUUGGGUUGGAUUAAGGGAGCCUCUAUUUUCAAAAGAACAGUUUAGAUUGGCCGUUUGAUACAUUUCCUGGUUUUCUGGAGAAACACUUUAAUUAACAUUAAGUAACGUAGUACCUGUCGCCGUGGCACUGACCAGGUAUCCAGAAUCCCUUCACUGGAGCAACAAAGAAACAAGCUGAAAGAAUGAGAGUAGCCGGGUUUGUAAAGCUUUCUGUGGUGGUUGUAGGAUUUGUAUUGGCUUUGUAUGUUGUUUCUCAAGUUUUUGAAUUCAAAAUGGAUGCCAGUUUAGGAAAUAUCUUUGCAAGGUCAGCUGUGUCUCAUUCACAUUCUACAAAACCUCCAAGGUAUAAAUGUGGACUUUCAAAACCCUGUCCGGAGAAGCAUUUUGCAUUCAAAAUGGCAAGUGGGGCAGCAAGUGUUGUUGGGCCAAAGAUGUGCUUGGAAGAUCAUGUGUUGAUGAGUGGUGUUAAGAACAAUGUUGGAAGAGGAUUGAAUUUAGCUUUAGUAAAUGGUAGAACUGGAGAAUUAAUGGAUACAAAGUUUUAUGACAUGUGGGGGGGAGAUGUGAAGCCUUUAAUUGAGUUUCUCAAGACCAUCCAGGAUGGGACAGUUGUGUUAAUUGCCACCUUUGAUGAUGGUGCAACUAAACUUAAUGAUGAAGCACGGAAACUUCUCGGUGAAUUAGGAAGUACAAGUAUUGCCACCCUGGGCUUUCGGGAUAACUGGAUUUUUGUUGGAGGAAAAGGAAUUAAAACAAAGAGCCCAUUUGAACAGCACAUCAAGAAUAACAAGGAUACCAAUAAAUAUGAAGGCUGGCCUGAGGUCUUGGAAAUGGAAGGAUGCAUCCCCGAGAAAUCUGAUUAAAUUAAGAAUAUAAGAUUAUAUCUUUUUGUUGUACAUUUGUAUAUUUAUAUAGACGAUAGUCUUUACUGCAAAGGUUCUAACCAAACACAUGAAAGUUGCUGUGAUAAUACUGAGUGUCUUUCUAUGUAGGACCCAAAAUAAUCAAGACCUUAAUCCAGUCCCACUGCAUGUCUUUGUAUCUAACUUUUUUUAAUUGUGUUUUUGUUUUUAUUUAAUUCUCUUUAUAGCUCCCCUUUUAAUCUGCGACCAAAAAUGAUAAACUUUGUGAAAGUGUGAAGCAGUCUUACUUUUAGCUACGUUUUUGUUUUAAAUUAAAUAUAUAACUUUAAAGCAAUGUAUAAAUAUAACAUAACUAUAGAUAUAGGGUUGAUGUACCAUUUCGAACACAAAUACAGGUAAAAUGCCAAGCUAGGAAUUGGCCAGACAGAGUGUGAUUUCCUAGUUGCUAUUGUACCUGUGUUCCCCUAGCUAAACAGCUAAAGACAUAUCUGCUAAAUAGCAAUUCACUUCAGCAGCAAUGACAAAGACUCUGAGCCAAAUGGGUUAAAGCAUUUGUGCAUUGAGGUGGGGGUUUUGAUGUUAACAUUUCACAAUGUUUAUCAGUUAUGUUAAAGAUGGAGCAAAAUUAACACCCUUAAUAUGUUCCCUCUUCCAUCUUCUAUUUGUUAUACUGUGUGUUUGUAUUGUUUGUUUAACACUUUAGGACAAUCAUGAUAGCCCAAUCUGUAAAAUAUUUGUAAUUGUUUGCUAUAUUUCCCUCCAUGUCAUCCACUGAUACUGCACUGGGAAAGGAAUAAGUCUCUUCUUGCAUGGCAGUUGCAUUAGCCACCUACAAGUUGAUUGUCUGGUUAGGCUUGUAUUGGGGAAAACCUGUAAGGGAGGUUUCUUGAGGUGCUGCAAGAAAAGCACAUUAUUUUGACAUGGUUUUUGUCAGUAAUAUUCAUGAAAGUUACUUUAUUUUUUUCCAAAUAUUUAACCUUAUCAUAAUUGUAUUGUUUAUUAAAACAGAUAGCGUGUGAAUUAGAAUUUACUGGAAUAAAGCUAAGUUAAUAAUGGCAUUUUUAAUUUA